AUGACGCUCAAACGAUGGUGGUUGUUGUUACUUUUGAUGAGCUUUCAAGCGAGAACUAAUGGGCUACGGAUAAAUCACGAUGAUGAUCGACGAUUCGAGAAACCGAUGGGAUCCGGAGGAGUUGUUCGAAUUGGACAUCUAUUGCCUGGGAAUCCACAGAUUGCUCAAGAACCGGAGAUCCUACGAAUGUGUGCCCAGGAUAUGAAAGAGCGAAAGAUUCUACCGAGAAACUUCACUCUACAAGUCUACACAAUGGGCAGCUGUGACAAGUUCAGCGGAGUCGAGAACGCUGCUUACUUGCACUACAUGAAGAACGCGACGAUCUAUUUUGGACCCGGUUGCAACAAUGAAAUGUUGGUGAUCGGUCGUCUUGCUCCUCGCUGGAAUGUCCCAAUCGUUGCUCAUAUGUCUGGAGAUGAUAUCCUCUCUGAUCGAACAGUUUUUCCGACUCUUGGAUCCGUUGCUUUAACUUCGGCCAGUGAAAUGGCUCGAGCAACGCUCGCUUUCUUGCAGCACAACGGAUGGGAUCAAGUGGGUUUCGUGCGCUCGGCUUCCCAAUUUGAUCGUCUCAGCGUGCACUCGUUGAACAAUUUGAUCAAGCGACAAGAAAUUGCGGUCAAUGUCAACACAAUGAUCGAGUUUGAGCCGCACACUUCAGCCGACGAAAUCAUCGCCUCUGGAAAGCUGAAACAGUUGAAAUCGAACGCGAGAAUCAUUGUUGUUGAAAUGGGAAUGGAUCUGCAUCAUGCCACAAAUUUCAUGAUCGCUGCUCACCGUGCUGGAAUGAAGGGCGAUGAAUAUGUGUACAUUUUGCCGUGGUUAGCUCAUGUAAACGACCACUACCCUUGGGAGUCAUCAACGGUCGAUAAACAGGAAGUGAAAGCCGCCUUUGAGAACACGAUUGUGAUCACGGCGCAUGGAUAUGACAAGAAAUUCUUUGACGAGUUUACGCAGAAAUAUGUCCAAGCAACGGGACAGCUUUCCACUCAUUAUGCAACUCUUGCCUACAUGACACUCUACGAUGCUCUAGUUCUUUACGGAAUGGCGCUGAAAGAUGCGUUUGAAGAGCAAAAGAACUACGAUGUCCACCAAAAUGGAUCGCUCAUCUGGCAAAAGAUGACGAAUCGACAAUUUGUUGGUGUGACGGGUCAAGUUUUGAUGAACAAUAAGGCCAUUCGUGUCCCUUCAUAUGCCACCUAUCACACAGCGAAUGGUACCUUGAGAAUCGUUGUGGAACUCGAGGCGAAACUUGGGAAUGAUCAGAAAUGCAAAGCAAAUCCGGAUAUGUGCACGGAACAUGUGGCGCAUGAAGUGAUCCAAUACUACUGGAACAGUCACAAUGGAAUGUUGCCUAAAUCGGUUCCCUCGUGUGGAUUCACAGGAGCCGAUUGUGAUUACACGACUUAUUUCAUCUUGAUGGGAGUCACUCUUUUCUUCCUCACCAUCAUUCCACUUUCCUACUUUUUAUAUGUGAAACAAAAAGAGCGCCUUCUCUACGACAUGACUUGGAGAAUUCCGAGAGAUGUCGUUCGUCUUGUUGAGGCAAAAUCGAAAUCCGAGCACUCUUUGGCGAGCAAAUCCCAAUCUUCGGGCUCUUUCUCGGGCAGCCUUGGCUCGAAACAAAAUGGACUCAUUGCGGCUAAACAGGCUACCUCAAAUGGAGUCAGAGUUGCAAUUAAACGCUUCCAACAAGUGCGCAACAUUACUUACCCAAAACACGAGCUGAGAACACUCAAAGAGCUGAAACUCAUCGAAAAUGAGAACUUGAAUAAAUUCUAUGGAAUCGCGUUCAAUCAACAAAAUGAAUUCAUCGUCAUGUGGAUUCUCUGCUCGAGGGGAAGUCUUGAGGACAUUUUGUUCAACGAUGAGCUCAAACUCGGCCGAAACUUUCAAGUGUCUUUUGCGAAAGAUGUUGUCAAGGCCUUGGCCUUUCUACACGCUUCUCCGAUUCUUUACCACGGCUUGCUCUGUCUCCAAAAUUGUCUCGUUGACUCGAAUUGGACUGUCAAAUUGACCAACUUCCGAACAGAGGAAAUAAUCUCCGAAAAACUGUAUCAUAACGAGAUUCGCCCGGUUUUGGGUGAAGGAGAGGAUGAGAAUGAUCGGCUCAUUGAUAGAAAAUACAUCCAACAAGCACCUGAAGUAAUCCGUGAGAUCGUCACUCGUAAGGCUCUCCCACGUGGUGGACAACCGCAAGAUGUGUACGCUUGUGGAAUGGUUGUCUAUCAAAUUCUCUAUCGAGUUGAACCAUUCCACGAACGAGGGAAAUCGAUUGCAAAACUCAUGGAAAUGAUCGCAAUGUCCAACGACGACGAUCAGCUCAUCCGCCCGACUUUUCCCUCUUCAAUGGGUAUCUUACAGGAAGCUAAUGGCAAAGGGGUUAAAGAUAAAGAUGCGGACACGUUCAAUCUACAGCUUUUAUCCUGUAUUGAAGCUUGUUGGCUAGAGCUGCCAGAAAUGAGACCAAAUAUCAAAAAAGUUCGAACAAUCAUUAAUUCGAAUCUCAAGAGCACAGGUAAAGGCUCUCUCGUGGACCAAAUGAUGAAGAUGAUGGAAGAGUACACAACCAAUCUCGAGAGCCUUGUUCGUGAUCGGACAGCGAUGUUAGAGGAAGCACAAAAGCAAGCGGAUCGUCUCCUCAACAAUAUGCUUCCAAAAUCAAUCGCUGAAGAUCUGAAAGUUGGAAAGCCGGUCCUUCCUCAAUUGUAUCCAUGUGCAACUGUGCUCUUCUCGGAUAUUCGUGGUUUCACGAGAAUCUCAUCAACAUCGACUCCACUCCAAAUUGUUACCUUCUUGAAUGAUAUGUUCUCCGGAUUUGACUCGAUUAUCUCAAAACAUGAUGCUUACAAGGUAGAAACGAUUGGUGACGCCUACAUGAUUGUCUCCGGGGUGCCGAAAGAGAACGGGAACUUCCACGCUCAAAAUAUUGCUGAGAUUGCGUUGAAAAUGAGAACAUUCGUUUCUAACUUCAAACUUGCGCAUCGUCCCGAGGAGUUGAUGAUGGUGAGAAUCGGUUUCCAUUCGGGGUCCGUGGCAGCUGGUGUCGUGGGACUUGCAGCUCCAAGAUAUUGCUUGUUCGGUGACACCGUGAAUAUGGCUUCAAGAAUGGAAAGUACUGGAGUUGCGAACAAGAUUCAGAUCUCCGAGCAAGCCUACAACCUUUUGCACUGUUUUUUCCCACAAUUCGUUAUGACUGAAAGGGGAAAAAUUGAGAUAAAAGGAAAGGGCGAAUGCUUGACCUACUACUUAGAAGGGAAAUCAGGCAAG